CAGGACGAGGAAGUAGUACGUUCUAAGAGUUAGAUAAAGCCUAACUCUCACAGACUCUAUGCCUAGCCCUAAGUCUAAGGCCCGGCCCUAAGAAAACACAACGAGUCGAGUUACAAGCUGGUGGUUCUCCUGUAAAAAGUCCAGUGCCAAGGAGGCAGGCUCUUGUGAAAAUGGGAGACGGUCUUACUUACUCAAGACUCAUUGCAGGAGUUUUGAACCAGCACCAAAUUGAAAUUGCAAAGACUGUAGACUACGAAGAACUGCGUCCUUAUUUAGUGCAGCGUAAUGUCUUUACGACAUUGGACCUCCAGGUGGCAGAGGCCAAGAAACCUUAUUUCUACACCAUCAUCCACCUGUGUGAGAAGGCGAAGACGCUGGAUCGGAAAGGAUUUGAAGAUUUCAUUGAUGCAAUUGCUGAGGAUCAUUACUGGUUGGCAGAUAAAAUCAGAGCUGAUUAUGAUGAGAAAUUGAGUGCCAGUAAAGUAAAUCAGGUUAAAACAUCCUGUCCUCCAGGGUCAACCAGCAGUGGCAUGAGACUCCCAGGUCUGUCUGCACUUCAACAAAAAGCUCCUCCACACAGCAGGUCUCAGUCUGCCAACCUUGCAGCAAGAGCACAUGACACCCAAGCCAUGAAACCUGCUCUGGUCAGCGUACCUAGAGGAGGAGGAGGAGGAAGUUUGACCUCAAGUCCCCAGUCAAGGCCACCAGUGUCUGGGUCUGCGUUGGAGGUUUGCAAGGAGUUCAAAGGGGCCUCACCAAGAGAUCCUGAUAUGUGUCUGCAGGACCCGGAAGCAGAGAGACUUGUCAGAGCUUCAGCAUCUAGUCCGAGGUCCCACCAUUCCAUGGGAGGAAUUUCUCCUGUCCAGAGAGGAGGUAACAAUAAAUAUGCAGAGAAGAGGAGGAAAAAUCCCAAUUCAGUGUAUGCUAUGGACUCCCACCCGCGUGGCUUUGUGCUCAUCAUCAAUAACGAAAAGUUUGACACGCUGCCUGAGAGACAUUGGAGUGAAUCUGACCGCACCAAACUCUUUCACAUGUUCAAAUUUCUGGGCUUUCAAGUUUCCUUGGAGGAGAAUUGCAACACAGCAAAAAUGAAAGAGUUGCUUCAGCUGUUUGCCAGAUUUGAUCGGCUGAAGACAGCCUCCACCAUGGCUGUGGUCAUCUUGACCCAUGGAGGUAGCAAUGACCUCCUGUUUGGCACAGAUGGAAAGGUAGUUCAUGGCACACCCAUCGCAGACACGUACAUUACCAAGUUUGACCUCAUCCAGGCCUUCAAGCCAGAGAGUUGCCCGAGCAUGAAUGGAAAACCUAAGCUCUUCAUCAUCCAAGCAUGUAGAGGAGUGGAAGACGACCGGCCUGCAAGUGCCCAGCACCUCUCCUGGCCCUCCCAGAUAACGACAGAUGGUGCAGACACUCCUUCAGCCAAUUCUGUCGGGGCGGCAGCUGUUCCCCACAGGGCAGCGGCUUCAGAUAUGUGUUUUGUGCAUUCUUCUACCAUUGGCUACAAGGCAUAUCGCCAAAAAAAUGUGGGAAGUCCAUUUGUUGACACCUUAACAAAGAUGGUCACAGACUGGGCUAGAGACUUGAAAUUCCAAGACAUUAUACAGGAGGUCCAGAAAUCUAUGGCCCAACAGCCGUUGCCCUAUGACAACUACACUCUGCCAGAGUUGUCGACACAUCUGAUGCAAAAGUGGUACCUCAACCCCCCAGAUGUGUGAAGGAACCAGGGAGGCAACAAAUUUGUCUUAAUUUAGAUAAAAAUUUACACAUAGCAAUUGUGAGGCAGCAUGGGGAAAUCAGGUGCU